AUGGAUCCGACGUCUACCCCACGACAUCCAGAUCGCUUCAAAUUGGGGGCAGCGGACCCAGUUCCUUCCUCCUCGCCUGCAUUUGGGACACCAGCAAGACCAUUUCGAAUGCAGAAGACACAUGCUCUGCCAACUAAGACGUCUAUCUUACCUAUUCUGCUCCCCUCGUCUACGCUUAGACCAGUGGCCUUCCGAACAUUUACCCGCAAACAUAACCUUACAAUUUCAUCAUCGGCAUUGCAAACUUUAGCAGUGUUCGUGGGAAAAAAUUGUGGCUCAGGAUGGCGAGAAGAAGGACUUGCAGAGAGAGUUCUUGACGAGGUGGCCAAAAUCUGGAAAAGAGCUGGCGGAAGUGUCAUCGUGGAGGAAGGGAAAGGUGCAUCUCUGAAAACGAUCCUGCAGACCCUCGAGGGGAGUAUGAGUGGUGGAAGAGUCGUUACUGGAAAGGUUCACCCUCAAGAUGGAUCUGCAAGGUCGUUGAGUGGUGGCUUGGAUGCUGGUCGCACCGAAUCCAACACCGAAGCGACCAGAUCAGGGGAUCCAGACGAGGAAGAUUCCAAGCUGUCGCUGCACCCAAGGCAUUGGUUCAAAGCCAUUGAUGCUUUUGAACUUCCUCGCCUGACAUACAAUGUCGACAAGAAAUACUUCGAGGCGAUCAAGUCCAAGCCCACGCUAUUUCCAUCCCCCUCACACAAGACUGCCCUGUUUAGAGAUCGCUAUAACUUGGUCUACCAGCGCUUGCUCCGGAAUGAGACCUUCCAAAGUUCCUUGGGGGUAAUAGGCGUCCCUUCCCUGCAGCGAUCAUCGUCGAACCUGGCAACUCAACAGUCAUACAAGUUAACACCAAUCGCGAACCUCCUAGGGCGGAGUGGCAGCUCUCAUCUGUUGCUAGGGCUCCUGUCUAUUUCUCCCACUGGUGAUUUGAGUUUGAUAGACCUCACAGGAAGCGUAGCUUUGGAUCUGAGUCAUGCACGCAUGAUCCCAGAGGAUGGUGCGUGGUUUGCACCGGGCAUGAUUGUGCUUGUCGACGGGAUCUACGAAGAAGAAGAGAUGGUGCAAGGAUCUGUAUUGGGAGGAAAUUCUGGAGUGGGAGGCACCAUUGGAGGUCACUUCGUUGGUGUAUCGAUCUGUGGCCCUCCAUGCGAGCGAAGGGAUAUCUCAUUAGGCACAAAUAGCCGCCAAGGGAGUGGUGAGCUGAGCUCUAGCGGUGGAUUUGGGUGGGUCGAUUUCCUAGGAAUUGGGAGCGAACGCGCACAAGGAGCACGUAUGAGAAGGAUUCAAGAGAAAUGUCUGAGAGGAGAACCAGAAGUGGUUGAGGCACCACCUCGGCUCAAAAUGGCGGUGAUGAGCGAGAUCAACCUCGACAACAUGAGAGCUCUUGAUGCUUUGCGGAAAGUUUUCAGCACCUACAAUGAUCUUGCUCUUGUGGAUCGUCCGCAGACCUUUGUAUUGAUUGGCAAUUUUGUGCAGAAAGCGAUCAUUAACGGAGGUGGCCGAGCUGGGAGUAUCGAAUACAAGGAGCAUUUUGACUCACUUGCGGUGGUUUUAUCCGAGUUUCCUGCACUGUUGCAGCAUUCGACGUUUGUCUUUGUUCCCGGUGACAAUGAUCCAUGGGCAUCCGCAUUCUCUGCCGGAGCUGCGUCGACCAUACCACGUCAGCCGAUACCUGAGCUAUUUACCUCUAGGAUUAAGCGUGCUUUUGCGACCGCAAAUUCCGAACUCGAUCGCUCUCAGACCUCAGAGCCGAUGGGCGAGGCGUUGUGGACUUCAAAUCCGGCACGCCUCUCCUGGUUUGGGCCGGUGCAUGACAUUGCUAUCUUCCGUGAUGACAUCUCGAGCAGAAUGAGGCGUACAGCAAUCAAUGUACAGACAGAUAACGACAAUGGUGAUGCUACAAUGCACGAGGCGCUAGAAGACGCAACAAGUGCCGCGGUCUCUCGAGCGCCAGAGCUGCCCAACCAAGCCAAUGGGGCUAAGUCAGAUGCUAUGGCGCCCGCCGCUUCGGCAGCUCGUAAGCUUGUGAAGACCGUCCUGGAUCAAGGGACGGUCUCACCAUUCCCACUUCCCAUUCGGCCUGUUUUGUGGGAUCAUGCUUCUGCUGUGCAACUAUACCCACUGCCCACUGCCCUAAUCCUGGCAGACUCGGAUGCCGCCCCUUUCUGCAUGACCUACGAAGGAUGUCAUGUCAUGAAUCCUGGACGGUUCCUACCUGAUGGUGCUGUGCCAACAGUGAGAUGGAUUGAAUAUGAUGUGUUGCGGAGCCGAGGAAAGGUGAAGGAGGAACGGUAUUGA